AUGUCGUUUCCUUCACCGCUCCUUUCAAAGACCCUAACAUUCCCAAUAAGAACCCCGUUUCCUCCUAAGCUACCCGCCAAUGGCUUUUUGAGCAAAUUUACAGGAGUGAAGUCUUUAUACAUCGAACUUCCGUUUUCCGAUCACAGAGUUGUCCAGAAUCGUUGUCUGUUCAAGUGGAGGGUUAAGUUUGGUAGCAGAGUACAGUCGUUUGUAUUUCUAUCCCCGAAUUAUGUUUGUGAUAAUGAUGGAAUAUAUCAAAUUGGAAAGGUGGAUGAAGAAAACGAGUUAAUCAGUAUCGCACAGCGUAUCAAUAAAAAACGUGACAUUUCGUAUCGGUGUCUGAAUGAUGUGAUUGCGUGGCAUGUGAUGUUGAUGAACAUUGUUAAGGAUCUACCAAUGUUGGAAGAGGUUUCCAUUACUGAUUCAGGGAGAAGAGGGAGGCUUUCUCUGAGUGGGGAAAAACUCAUUGAGGUGAAGGAAUGGGUACAUUCAGCUUCGGAAGCUGAGAUCAAUAGUCGAAAGGGUUCUUUUAUCGGGACUGAAACUUGCAUUCCCGUUUUGAAGUUGCCAGUUUCAGGUGAAUAUGGUUUUGAAGAUAAAGAAGAAGCUGCAUAUACUGAAGCUGCGAAGGAUGUUUUGGAGAAGGAGAUUAUGCAGACGGAAAUGCUUAAUGCUAUAGGCCUUUAG